AUGCCCUCCCUAACCACCCCCACACCACCCCCAUUACCAUGCGCUUCCCCAACAUGGUCAUCCACCGAGGCCGACCGCCUCACGCGACUCAUCCAACUGGACGACCCGCGUGCCUGCGGGCGAAUCUCCGCCACCCUGACUGCCACAAACUCCAACAGCUUUGUACACGCGACACUUGCUCGUCGAGGAAAGACGCAGACACCAACACUCGUCUUAGCAAGUGAUCAGCGCAUCGCCGCAGUUGGCGAGCAUGCAGAGGGCAACUUUGACCCACCCACUUGGAACUUGAUCGCGGCACGUACCAUCGCGUCACUUGUCGCAGCGCACCAAGCAAGUGGCACAUACCUUGGAUGGAUGUCUCGGAGGACCGGGUCAAUCGCUCGUCUCGUGCUUCUUGACUUGGAGACGGUUGCUCUCGAGGCCGACAUGGCCUUCCUGACCUCUACCCCCCGCAUUCUUCCCGCUGAAACACUGCUGUCCAUGACACCGAAUCCACCUACCGAUACGCGUCAACUGGUCAAAUUCCUCACAGCUGCACGACUACUCCUCUCGUUCCCGUCCAUUCCCCGUCUCCCGCAAGCGGUCGCCAACUGCCUGUUGUUCCCAUCUGGUCGUCGUCCAGUGCGCCACACACGCGCUCCGCGUACACCUCCGCGAUAUUCUCCUCCUCGUAUGGCGAUCGCCGACCUCAGCACCCCGCCUCGUUCUACAUCCCCCCAGAAACGUUCAUCACCAGGUGGCGGGAGCCCAGGUAAGCGUCUUGCGAUAGAUGUCCUCGCUUGGCGCAGCGGUAAAAGUGGCGCCGCCCUGUUCGACUUUGGCCUCGACGAUGCGGGAGACGAACGGUGCUGUUCGCCCACGGAGAUCGACACACCACCCCCGUCUGAGGGUGAGAUGGCGCACGCAAAGGCCAAAACUUUGACAUUUGGCGGCAUCAAGGCGAGCCAUACCAUCCGUCCGGCAAAGUCUGGGCUUCAGGCCGAGGAGACGUUACGGCCGGGAGGAUUGGCACUACGGGAGACAGAGACCGUCGUACCUGGCACGUUGGGCUUGCAACCCGCCUGGGAGGCGACACUGGGGCCAACUUCGAGCAUGCGUCCAUUGAAGAAGUGCAGCACAAACUCGAACGGUAACGACACUGGUUUCAAGUGCCUCAGCCGCAGCCGCCAGCAGCCAGGCGAUACAUCUCAUCGCUCACUCGAGCCGCGUUCGCAAUCUCUAGCCACGGCUUCGACCGCCAUCGAUUCGACCACCAUGGCGAGCAUCCAGAGGCUUGACAAUUGUAAGAGAGAGCUCGGGUUCGAGGACUACCUGGCCGUCCUUGUUGAGAUGAAGGUGCGCGUCGUGCUGGUCUCGAGCGCCGAGAUGGAUAGAGCUGUUGAAGGCAUUCGUGCCGCGCACAGCUAG